AUGCGUAUAGGAAUUGCUCUACUGAUAGUCGGGUUGGGGCUGGUGCGGGAAGGUCUUGGUCGCUACAAAGAGUGGAUGCCGGUGUCUGCAGACCCUGCUGUGUUGUCCACUUUUAAUGGUCAAAACGGCUCUCGUGUUCUUGGGUCUCGAUCGCUGUGCUGGAACUGGGCCUCUACAAGGGACUGGGCUUUUAUUGCCUGUUUCACCCCUCUCAUCGACGCCUCGGGAAACUGCUCACUAAGGGAUGACAAGCCCAUCAGGAAUGGGCUGGUCAACCUAACGGUCACCCCAGGAUCAAACUGCUUGGCUGUCUUCGGUACAGACGUUUGUGUCCUGCCGGGAAAUUCCCUCCUGAAGGUCGGAGAAACGCGAGUCAACCCGUUCUGCACGAACCUGCAGGACAAAUGUCUGCCCAGUGGCAUGAUGGACGUGGACAAACCAACGGCGCCUCUUCAGAACUGCACUGCACCCUUCAAUGUCUCAGGUGGAAUGUGUCUCAUGGUUUCUUCAGUCACAAAGAAUUGGUGCGAAGCGCGCGCAUCUUGUCUGUCGCUGGGAGCCGACCUCGCCACUGCGCGCUCCGACCAAGACUUCAUGCAGAUGCAAACGUUCUACAAGGCUUCUGGUAUGACUACUCAAUACAUGUGGCUAGGCAGCUACAAGGUCAACGGACAGUGGGUGUGGCUCAACAGCUACAGGAACCCGUACACCCUGCCGGACUGGUAUCCUGGACAACCCGACGCUGAGCAAUGCGGACAUUUCUACUCCUCCAAUACCGUGUUAGCGGAUGAAGACUGCUCCAAAACAUUAUUGUUCAUGUGUCGAGCAUUGCUAACUCUGUAACUUUGACAUCUGGCUUCAUAUUCAGAAAAAUUCAUGGGUCAUUUUGUUCAACUAAAUCAGGGGCAAAAAUGGCAACCAAAUCAAGGGCAGAAAUGGCAUCUCUGUUUUGAUGAAGUCUCAUUCAUUUAUUGGGGGCGAAAGAUUUGCUUUGUGAAACGGCAAAAUUUGAAUGAAAAGCAUUCGAGACCACGGCGUAAAAUCCGUGCUCGUUCGGUUAUUUUUGUCUCGGUCAAAGCCGUGUCAUUGUAACUGCUAGUAUAGCGUAAGUGCACUCUCCAUGGCGGCAUAUUCGUUUGUAAUUAUUUGUUGGUGAUAAAAAUCUUGAAUCAGGGAGCUGAUCAUGAAUUGACUGGUAUACCGAUCAUUGGAAUAUUUAUUCUCAAUCAUUUCAUAUUGCUUUUAAGUAAGAAGAAGAUGUUCACUAGUGUACACGUUAAAUGAAAAUGCUUAAUGUCCUAAUGCUUAGUGUCUUAAAUCAGCUUAAUUGUCGCGGGAAACCUCACUCGUAUUUAACAUAACUCAACAAAAAGCUAAGAACACUAGGCAACGGUACCAUAACCUAAUUCUUAGAAAUGUGUUUUAUUAAGUAGGAGCCAUAAGGAUAUUUCAAUAGUUAGCACAAAAGCUUUUUGUCU